AUGGACUCAGAAAGCAAGGAAGAAAUCCCUGUGCAUGAGGAAUUUGUUUUGUGUGGUGGAAUUGAAACCCAGGUUCUAAAAUGUGGGCCCUGGAUUGACCUCUUUAAUGAUCAAGGUGCUAGUAGGCCUAAGGUGCUUAUUCUCAUUAUUACUGGUAACCCAGGUUUUAUUUCCUUUUAUUUGCCAUUUGCAAAGACUUUGUACUCACUGAUAAACAGACGUUUUCCAGUUUGGAUUAUCAGUCAUGCUGGGCAUUCCAUCGUUCCCAAAGACAAAAAGAUUCUUGUAGCUUCAGAUGAUUCAAAUACUCAAGAAAUUAAGGACAUCUAUGGACUCCAUGGUCAAAUAAAACACAAACAAGCUUUCCUGAGAAGUCAUGUGCCAAAGCAAAUGAAACUUGUGUUCAUUGGCCAUUCAAUCGGCUGCUAUAUUUCCCUUCAGAUGUUGAAAUGUGCUCCUGAGCUUCCAGUAAUACGCUCCAUGAUGCUCUUUCCAACAAUUGAACGAAUGUCACAGUCACCCAAUGGCAGGAUUGCCACCCCACUUCUGUGCUGGUUUAGAUAUGUUUUAUAUGUCAUUGGCUACUUAUUACUGAAACCACUGCCUGAGAGAAUCAAGUUAUGGCUAAUCAGAAUGUGCUUUCAAAUGAAAAACAUCCCAAAUGAGUGUUUGUGCAUGAAUCUAGGGGAUCCAUUCUGCCUUGCAAAUGCUGCUUACCUUGGGGGCCAAGAAAUGAUGCAGGUGGUGGAGAGAGACAACGAAACCAUAAAGAAACAUUUACCUAAGCUUACAUUUUACUAUGGUACUCUUGAUCAUUGGUGUCCAAAAGAGUACUAUGAUGACAUCAAGAAAGAUUUUCCAGAAGGAGAUAUCCGACUCUGUGAGAAAAAGAUACCUCAUGCCUUUAUCCUCUCUCAUAGCCAGGAAAUGGCUGAAAUGGUGGCUGACUGGCUGAAGAAUGACUUAUCCAAAAUAUAA